GUUAUUUUGCGUUGAAUUUUUGAACCGAGCAGACGUACGUCGCGGACGCCUUGUGUAAAAACGCGGUCUACGUACAGUGCAACCAUUUUGCUUAUAUAUAUAUAUCUAUCGAUGUAUAUGUGUGUAUGUGUAUAUGCCAAAGUGGUGUAGCAAAAUAAAAAUUGCAAAAACAACAACAACAAGAAGAAGAAGAAAUAUAUUUUGCACAAGCUUGUGAAAACUUCUAGUGUUUGUGCUUUUCAGCGGCAGCAACAACGACAACAACAUCGACGCCGUCGCGCUCAAUUUUUUACGGCGCGCCGCCUGCUGUUUCGAAGUGCGUGUGUGUGAGUGCGAGUGCGGUUUACAUGAGCGUGCGAGUGUGAGUGCGCUGUCUGUGUGUGUUGUGUCUGCCUAACAAUUUGCCGCUAAACACAAAAGCAGCUGAAGGCAGCGAGAAGAAGCAGACAGAAGACCAGCUGACGACGACUACGACGACGACGACGUCGACAAUAUACACACAUAGCAAAAAGUCAACGAUCGAUUGCGCGUAUAUGUGCAUGUGUUUGUGUGUGUGCGUGUGUGAGCAGCAGACCAGGUGAAAAACAGAAAGCGAAGAAGAAGCAGAACAGCAACAAACCAAACGAAAACGAAAAAAAAAAUAAAAAUAAAAAGUGAAGCACGUGUGUCCUGCUCUAAUAACAGUUACAUUCGCAUCGCGCGACAACCAACAACAGCAACAAACACACAGACAUCAAAUAAAAAAUGUCUUCGGUACCGCUGGCCAUUAAAACGGAGGAAGUCAUUUUGGAAAACGCCGAAUACAACAGCGCUGAGGAAUUGGAUGAAGAGUUACAAUUACAACUGGAAGAUUCAGGCGGCGAGAAUACCUAUCACAUUGAGUACACCACCGAGCCGGCGCAUCAGGUUACAACCAGCUCGCAGCGUCGCCAAUCGAAUAUGAGCGCAUCGAAUACAACAAAAGAUGGCGGGGGAGGCGGCGGCGGCGAUGGGGGCAGCUCGCCAAGCGGCAAGCCCAUAUUGGAUACCGAGAAGCGUAUGAGACGGGAAAUAGCCAACAGCAACGAGCGACGACGCAUGCAGAGCAUCAAUGCCGGUUUUCAGAAUUUACGUUCGCUCUUGCCACGACACGAGGGCGAAAAGUUGAGCAAGGCUGCCAUAUUGCAACAGACCUUCCAAUAUAUUGUGGAGCUGGAGAACCAGAAGACACAGCUGCUGACGCAGAACAGCGAACUGAAGCGACAGGUGGGCGAGCACGAGGCCAAUGGAGGAGGCGGAGGAGGAGGAGGCGCCUCGGGCGACAAUUACAACAACAGCAAUGCGAACGAGACGAACGGAGGAGGAGGCGGCGGGGCGAGUGCGGUGGCCAUCAAGAAGCGCAAGCUGACGGACAACGUUAUCAACAUGCAGACGAUCAGCGACAGCUCCGACGAGGGACUCGGCUCCAUGUCCCCGGAGCCCAUGACCCUGCUCUCCGCGGGCGGCGGAGGCGGGGCAGCAGCGGCGGCGGCAGCAGCAGCAGCCGGAGCAAAGCUGAACAAUGCGAGCAUAAUUGCGGCCAAGGAGCUGCUGGAGAUGAAGAAACAGCUGGAGAAGGAGCGCAGCCUGCGGCGGCUGCUCGAGGACGAGCUGCAAAUGAUCAAAAGGCAGCUGUACAGCGUGGCGACGGCGCCGCCGGGCACCGCGGUCGCCGCGGCAGCGGCCAACAGCAGCAGCAGCGGCGGAAGCAGCGGCGCCUACAUUCCACGCGAGGUGAUCGAGCACACGGACAACUUUGUGCGCGCCGAGGAGCUGGAGGAGCUCGGCGGCACCGUCUCGUAUGUGGAAAUCGAUGAGAUGACCGGCCAGCAGCAGGUUGUGGUCUGCUCGAGCAUCGAGGAGCUCGAGUCGGAUGCGGCAGCGGAAAUCAUAAGCGAGGAUCAGGUGCACGAGGAGGUGAUACUGUCGUCGAACAGCUCGACGGAGUCGGAGAACGAGGUGAACGUGAAUGCCAUUGCCAAAGCCUAUGCCGAGGGCAUGAGCACGCCCAUCCUGCAGGCGGCCAUCAAGGCGACGCCCAAGGUCGAGGUGGAGCGCAUCAACAUUAACGAGAAGAUUGUCAAGGUCAAGACGGAGAAGCUCGACCAGCCGACGACGACCACGACCGUGAUGGGCGCCACGGCCGUAUUCACACGCUCCCGCCAGAACCUGGAGACGAUUGUCGAGGCCAUACGGCACCUGGAGGGCGAUCACCUGUUCGCCGACGGCGACCAGCAGCACAAGCUGCAGCAGCAUUAUCAGCACCAGCCGUCGCAGUCGCAGUCGCAGCAUCAUCCGCAGCAGCAGCAGCAUCAUCCGCAGCAGCAGCAUCAUCGGCUGGCGCAGGAUGCGCCGCUCGCCUUGACCACCGGCAAGCAGCAUGCGGCGCUUGCCGAGCUGCGUCCGUUCCUGCAGUUGAAGGGCAACAAGCAGGUGAUCAUUACUGCCAAGUCUGCCAAGGAUGUGGGCGGCACUGUUAGCAGCGUCACGCCCACAGCGAUAUAUAAGGUGCAGACCAGCAGCAGCAGCGGGGCGGCGGGAGCAGGAGUGAGUCACCAUCAGCCGGUGACCAUCACAACGUCGCUCAAGCAGUGUCGUCCCGGGGUCAUUGUCGCCAAGCAGCUGCCGUCCUCCUGAUUGCCCAACAGCAGCAGCAGCAGCAGCAGCAGCAGCAGCAGUAAGAAUAACAGCAACAUUAACAGCAGCAGCAGCAGCAGUAUUAAAGGCGCGCGCAAUAACAUAACUGUAACAGCAGCAGCAACCGUAACAGCAGCAGCAACUCCUAAACGGCGCAGCUAUGUUAAGCAACAGCAGCCGCAACAGCUGCAGGUGCGUUUUAACAGCGCUGUUAGGCCUCAAUAGAGCUUGCGCGCUGUUAACACAGAUCUUGCGCCCUGCUCUGUUAAGCUGCUGCUAAAAACAAAACAAAACAACAACAAAAAACACAAAUUAACGGCAAUUGUAUAAAAUUAGUAAAAGAAAAACGAAAAGAAUUUUGUGCAGUCGAACUCGUAAUUAAUUGAUUAUUUUGUGUUUAAAAACAAAACAUUUUUCCAUUUGCAAAAAGAAUACCACAAACUCACUUUAAAUAGCCACUGUAAUUAAAAAGCAACAACAACAAUUUGUUCAUUUAUUGUUUAAGUCAAUGUGUGAAAAACAAAACAAAACAAAAACAAAAACAAAACGAAAGAAAACUACAACAGGCAGUAACAACAAAACAGAGUACAAAAACAAAAUAGACAUAAAAUUUUAUGAUUUUCUGUUUAUUACAACACACAAAAACAAACACACACACAUACAUACAUACAAACACCUAAAAAGAAAAAAGAAAAAUACAGCAAGUUAAGCAAAAUUAAAAAUUUAUUCAAUAAGCAACAAAAACGAAAAAAUAUAUAUACAAAUAUAUAUAUAAACAAAAAACAAAAAAAAACGGUACAUGCUAUAUAGAAAUACAUAUGUGUAUGUAUAAUAUAUAUAAUGAGCAUGUUGAACUCUAUAAAAACCAUCGCAUUAAUUUUUACAUUUUUAAAUUAUUUUCUAUUAUUUAAUUAAUUUUAAAAUUACACACACACACACACACACACAAACACAUACAAAAAAAAAACAACUUAAUUGUAUUUUUUCCUUUUGCCCAAAACAAAAAAAAAAAACUAAAUGAAAAAAACGAAAAUGCGAAAAAUUUUUAGAAUGGAACUUAUCGAGUUUUUGUUGAUUGUAUAAUCUAAUUAUAAGAGAGCGCGUGGUAAGAAGUGAGAGGAUCGUUUAUUAUAUAAACUACACACAUACAUAUAAAUAUAUAUAUAUAUUUACAUAUAUAUGUAUUUAUAUAUAUAUAUAUACAUAUAUAUAUACUUUAUAAAUACAUGCAAAGUACAUACAUACGACAUAAGCUAACGCAACAUUACAUAAUAUUACUACUAAAUACGAGUACAUUAAACAUAUAUAUAUAUAUAAAAAUCCAUAAAUACACACACAUAUACAUACAUAGAUAUAUAUGUAUGUCAAGUAAAUAAAUAUGCUUUAGUACAUAAGUGCAAGCAGCAGAGUUGAAAGUUUCAAAGUAUAGAAGAGUAGAGAGGCCGCUGCAACCGCAGCUCAGAAGAAGAA